AUGCACGGUUACUCAUUGCGUCCGAAUUCGAACGCGUCCAACAACAAAACCCCCAACCAACAGGAACGACGAAACGGAGUCGACCGAAAUCAUCAACCGUUCGAAAUACGCUCAGCAUACGACGAGCACGACGAUUACCUGGACAGCCCAAGGUUAUUUCCAGUGAACGGUCGACAAGCAGGAUUCGGAUACAAGCCUCAACUUCAAUCUGUGGGCGAAAUAUACAACGAUACUAGUUCUGGGUACUCUACGGCAUCUGGAGCUUCUUCAUCCGUACCAUCUACGAAUACGUAUUGGGCUAGAAAAGACAACAACGACUUUGAGUUUGUACCUAUUAGAGAGCAGCCUAAAACUCCAAAUUUAGCUGGACCUGAGUGGAGGAAGAAUCCGAAUUCAGAGACUUACGGUAAGAUAAUUUAAUUUUUUUAGUUGUUUUUUAUUUAGGCUUUUGAAGAUUUAUAUAAAAAAAAAUACGGUAAAAAGGCUUUAUAGCUUGCAAAAUAACCAAAAAUUACAUCUUAACAUUUUUAGACCCUCCAUCGAUUAAUGAAUUGGUGAAUACGUUAGAGAACUUUGACCCAGAACCCCUACUUCAACGUGCUGUGAAAGCUCAACAAAAGGUUGAAGAACUAACCAAGUCCUUACCUCAACGUAGACCAAACACAGUGUUAGGUGAACCCUACUACAAUUCAGAAUCUCGAGUAUUUCCUUCUUUUGCACGUAAAUCUUCAAACGGCAACGUUGAUUUCAACGAUUUUCCGUCGAACCGCCGAGAUUCAAAACGUUUUCCCGGUCUAAGCACCGCUACUGUUUCCGCUGAUACCUCAAAGCCUACAGACUGUUCAAUCUCAAAUUCAACUCAUAACUUAUUGAACGUUGACACACGCCCAAAUCUCCAGACAAGAAAUAUUGACGUAUCUCAACUAGAUUCUGUUUUACAGAGUCCAAGUUCGGGCUCAGAACAUCCGAACCGACUUCAUUCAUCGACUUCUUUUGAUCCUGACAACUUUUUCAAUAGUGCUGACGAGUGGCGAGACUCUUUCUAUAAGAUGCGUGAUAGAUUUGGUAGAGAUAGAGACGAAAAUGGCACUAACAGAAGCCAAUUUGGUCGCGCUCCGUCAUUGCUUUCUAAAAGUACAAGUCAAGGAAACCUGGGAUAUCCGUAAGAAAAUAAAAUUUUAAAAACUAUCAUGCAUAUUCAAAUUUUAGUAACUCUGACACAGAAACAAACUCGACAGACGGCAAUUAUUCGGACUGGUCUAGGCCACGUAAUUCGUUGGCCAAUUUUUGGCUUGAUACGUUAAGGAAUCACGUUGAUACACCUCCUGCGUUUCAACGUGCAUUCUCUCCGCGAUUGUCAGCGAGUGAACGUCUCGAACAACUCCACGAGCCUUUAGAUGAUUUAGACUCGCACACGGUCUAUCGUAGACCAAAUGCGGUUGAUAAUGUUGCAUCAAGAAGAGCACAAUAUCUGAAAGAAGCGUUUCGUUCUCACAGUCCCUUAGUUGGAAACAACUUUAAUGGGUAAUUAUUAUAUAUCAGAAUCUCAUAUCGAAGUUGCAUAAGUUUUUUUUGUAAUACUUUUUAAUUCUUUGACAAGAACUCGUAGUUAAGCUAAAAUUUUUAGUACUUCCGCAACACAUGACCCCAAUUUUUCCGAGCUAGACAAUGCUGUUGGUGAAAUAAACGAUCGUUCGGGGUGUGGACGUUUCCCCACAAAUGAAGUAAAAUACACUACAACUACUACAAACCCUGACGGAUCAACUACUAGGUCUUACUUUGGCCAAACACGGUUUACCAUGCCAAACGGCGAAAGUCGAACCGUUGUUACGACAAGAUCAACCACAAAUCAACACAGUCCAUCACCAGAUACGUUGAGUGACGCUAGCCAGCAAUCGUUGUUGUUUUUGCCUCAUCCAAGACCAAAACACAACAUUAGAGAACAGUUGAUGAAUGCCGGAGUUAACAACUUCUUUUCUCAGUCUGGCUUUCCAUCUCGUCGACUGUUCAGUAAUGCCCAAUUUUCAUCGCCAAACUUCCCAUCUCCUACUACUGGUGGCGUAGCAUCGCGAGUUUCCGCAUUGGAAAAGCGAUCAAAUGGCAGUCCUAACCUACUACAACUAGCCUGUGUCUUGAACGGUUCAACACCAGAAUGUGGAGCACCAAUGUCACCAAGAUCUACCGUGUUCAGAAGAAAACCCGUCAUUCACGUCGAUUAUGGAGAUGAAGAUGGAGACAUAUUCAAAUUUCCGGAUCGCAACAGCCCGGUUGGUUAUUUUGAAAAAUUUUAA